AUGUACUCAUCGUCGGCGCUGGCCCUCCCAUCUAGCCAGCUAGACCACCAAAUAACGGUACCGUAUUCGGGGGAGCCCUUGACAUUUAUCGAUGAAAAGAUCAUGUCCAGCGGUGUGAAUCCCACGACAGAGGUCCAGAUCUCAAGGAAGCUGUCCAAGAGACUCAACGUUCUGAUUCUCGUAACACAGCAGAUCUCCAAGGACAUUGUUGCAGGACAAAGGAAGGCGGAUUGGCUGAUUGCGUCAAUAUGGGCAGUCCACCGCACCCUGGAGCAGGGAACCGCUGAUUGUCUGGAUCUGCGCAAUCCGCCCGCUCCGAUAGCAAAAGGGGCUUCAGCGAGCUAUCAGGACGAAGCCAAUGAUAAAUAG